GGAGCUCGCUCAGUCGUACGUCCGAGCGUUUAUGCAAAUCCGCCCCCAAAUAUGGACAGACACGAAGGAAUGAAAUAUGGUGGAGAGGCGAACAUGGAGGACCGCGAGAACGCCGCUGGACUGUUUUUAGGGGGGCAGUAGCGGAAGAAAGUGGAUGUUCCUCCCGUGGGACUGUUUCAGAGGAGAACCUCGGUGGAAACUUGCUGUUUUCGCGUUUCCUUUCCCCAUCGCGUCGAGGUGGAGUCGCUUUGUAAUGCUGUGAAGACCGACGACUUUCUUUUUUUCGGGGGUAUAAAAAAAAAAAGCAGGACAGGGGGGGCUUCUGCCCGACUCACCGUGUCGACACUAUGCCGUGGGUCAGCGGCGGAAAGCGGAGAGAGAGCAAGGAGCUGCCGCUGCCGGCGGGCUGGGAGGAAGCCCGGGAUUACGACGGGAGAGUGUUUUAUAUCGACCACAACACCCGGCAAACUUCGUGGAUUGACCCCAGAGAUAGGAUUACAAAACCGCUAACGUUUGCCGACUGUGUUGGAGAUGAGCUGCCCUUGGGGUGGGAGGAGGUUUACGACCAACAAGUGGGAGUUUACUACAUCGACCACAUCAACAAAACCACCCAGAUUGAGAACCCGCGGACACAAUGGCGGCAGGAGCAGGAGCGCAUGCUGAAGGAGUACCUGGUGGUGGCCCAGGAGGCCCUCAAAGCCAAGAAGGAGAUGUACCUGAUCAAGCAGCAGCGGCUGGAGCUGGCUCAGCAGGAAAUGCUGCGAUUGGACGAGCUUUCUGGAGACAUCCACUCACUCACCAGCACUUUUACCGGCUUGUCUUCAAGUGUGAAAUACAACCCUGAUCAAAUCAAAUUUGAAAUAGCCUGCAAACGAGAGCGGCUCUCCAGACUGAAGCAGGAGCUGGCCCAGGUGAAGCAGGAGCUGCAGUAUAAGGCAAUGGGAGUGGAGACCCUGCAGGAGAUUGAUAGGAAGAUGUCCUGCAGUCAGACGAACUACAAGCUGGACGAAGCUCAGGCCAUCUUCAACGAGCUGCGCAGCAUCAAGAAGUCCAUCAGUUCAGGCGAGAAGGAGAGGCAGGACCUCAUCCAGAGCCUGGCUAAGCUGACUGUCCACUUCCAGAGCCUGUCUGUCGGCGACGCAGCCGGCGAGGUGACGGACAGCACCGCCAGCAACCCGCAGCAGUACUGCGAAACCGGCUGCCAGACGGAGAUCAUGGGAGAGUACGGUUCCCAAGAUUCUUCCCAUUUGGUGGACAAAGUCAAACUCAACUGGCAGUACGAAGAAGCCAAGAAGAAGGUGCAGAGCAUCCAGCACCAACUCGCGCAGCUCGACAGCGAGAGCUGGUCGGGCCGUGCCGAAGCGGACCGCGACAGGGACUUCCUGCAGCUCCUGCGCGAGAAGGAGGCCCUCCUGCAGGAGCUCAUCCUGGUCAGCAAGGAGCCACAUGCAGCGGAGAAGCAGAAGCAGCUGGAGGCGGAGCGCUCCAGGCUGGAGGAGGAGGUGCAGAAAGCCCACAACUCCCAGAGCCAGGGAGCCAAUCAGAGGUUGCUGCAGCAGGAGAAGAGGAACGACCUGCUCAGGCAGCUGCAGGAGGCCACACGCAUCACCACCUACCUUCAUUCCCAGCUGAAGAGCCUGUCUGCCAGUUCUCUGACGGUCUCCUCCAGUAGCAGUCGCGGCUCUCUGGCCUCCAGCCGGGGCUCCUUGACGUCCAGCCGCGGCUCCCUCAGCUCCAUCAGCUUCACUGACAUCUACGGCGUGCCGCAGUACGAGCGCCACGAAGGAGCGGCGGAGCCUCUCGAACCCCACCUCCGUUACCUGCUGCCUCUGGAGAGCGCGGCCAGAGAAUGCUCGGUCUUCAACCCCGAGCACCUGACGCAGCACAAGAGCAAGCGCUCGCACGACACCCCGCAGUCCCUGGCCUCCCUCUCCUCCCGCUCCUCGCUCUCGUCCCUGUCUCCGCCCAGCUCGCCCAUGGACACCCCGUACCACUUGGCGCCGCAGGACUACCCCCUCGCCCAGAUGACAGAGGAGUACAUGGAGCAGGCGGGGCGCGGGCUGCGGCCGCAAACAGUGUCGCACGGCAUCCUGAUGGGCGCCGAGGACAUGGCGAGCCCCGCCGCGCUGCACCAGCUGGACACAAAGAGCCAGAGAGACAGCGGGGCUCAGACGGCCUUCACCUCCACAGGGGUGACGCUGCGGGGCAACAGCGCCAACCGGAGUGGCAGGAGAGCCAGGCGAGUCUCAGCGGGGGUUUCUGAGGACGCUCUGGCCACGGACAGCGGUGUGUUCGAGGCGUGGGGUAAAAGGCCAGAGGAGUAUGAUGAGCUUUCAUACGCCAAAGAGGCGUCCCCUGCAAGCGAGCCCACCCAGGUCCAACUAGGCCUGCAGUGGGAAUCCGCAUCUCAGUCUCUGCUGCUGCAUGUGCUGCAGCUGAAGAAUCUGAACUGUUCAAAUGUGAGAGAAAGCUGUAAAGUGUAUGUGAAGGUCCACUUGACUCCCCUGGACACCAGCAGGGCCUGCGCGUUCUACUGUUGCAAAACGUUGGAGCCGCAGAGCCUGAUGGCUUUCAACGAAGGCUUCCGCAUCCCCGUCCUGGCCAACGCCCUGGCGGUGUCCGCCCUGCAGCUGUCGGUCUGCUCGCUGGGCCCUCACACUCAGGAGGAGCUCCUGGGCACGGCCAAGCUGAGCCUGGCGGACUGCGAGGGAAGCGCCGACAUGGUUUACCACUGGCUGCGAGUCCAGAUGCUGGCCGACUCGCAGAAGACCCUCUACAGCCGCCGGACCCACGAAAGCCAGGAGGACGAGGCGCGGCCCAGAGCCACGGACUCUGCUGGCUACCUGCUGCCACGCUCCUCCACCUCCACCCGUCCAGAGGAGCAGGGGUCAGAGAUGCUGCGGUUGGAGAAGGACGUGCGUGGAGAGGCGGCGUCUGAGAGGGGCCAGCAGGCAGCGUCUGUGGACAGCGGCUGCAGCACCAGCGCAGCAGUUUUAACUCUUUACUCAGAGAGUUUGUGCACCGAGGUCGUCUGCCUCUCCACUGGGGGGCCCAGCGAUCAGACUCCCAGCAGACACUUUGCAGCAAAGGUCGAGAAGGCCACCAUGACGGAGUCACCGUUCCCGGAGCCGGUUUGGGUCCGACCCAAAGAGAGGGGGGGUCGCUGGGGUCACGGGUCGCCUUUCAUGCGGGGCGGCACCCUCGUUCGCUCCCAGACCUUCUCGCCUGGCGUCAGGUCUGGGAGUCACUAUGUCUGCAGGUUGUAUCGCAGUGACAGCGACAGCUCCACUUUACCAAAGAAGUUGCCUUUUGUCAGAAACACAGUGGAGAGAAGAACACUCCGAUACAAGCAGCCGUCGUACCGCUCCUCAUUGGCUGAGCAGCCAACGCGGACCUCGCUGGACCUGGAGCUGGACCUCCAGGCCUGCAGGACGCGUCUGCGGCAGCUGAUGGAGGAGCUGAGCGCCCUGAGGGAACUAAAGCUGCGGCUGGAGGAGCCGCAGGCCAGCGACGUCAGCGAGCUGCCCAACUGGGCCCUGAGGGACGAGCGCUUCCACUGCCUGCUCAGAGAGGUCCAGAGACAGGCCAACCAGAGCAAGCAGGAGCAGCGUCAUGAGGAGGCAGUGGAGAGGAGGCUGAGGAAGGCUUCCAAAGAGGUUCUGCAGAUGAGAGGGCAGAACCAGAAGGAACCCCUGCCGGUGCAGACAUUCAGAGAGAAGAUAGCUUUUUUCACCAGACCAAGGUUCAACAUACCUCCUUUGCCAGCUGAUGAUGUAUGAGGGCUCACCUCCGUAUUUUGUGACUAAACAUGAAGUAUUUGUUGUUUGUUUUUUUUUGUUUUUUUGUUUUGUUUUUUUUUUGCCACUGGGCUCAUGAAGUACAGAAUUGUUUCUGUUGACGAUACCAGACAUGUGACCUGCAGAUUAUGAAGACCUGAAUGUUUUUUUACAUUUUCAGAAGCCCUUGUGUGCCUUUUUCUUUUUUUGUUACAAACACCACACAGUUCUUGACGACACGGUUGUAUAAUUCCUUUUUCUUCUUUUUUUUUCCCCACGGGGGACACGACGAUUUUCAGACCUUGUUUCUGUCUGAUCCUACUUCGGUUUGUGCUUAGUAUAGGCUGGAAGACGGGAACAAAAGUCAGAUUGGAGAAAUUCACUGUACUGUAACUUAUUUUAUAGUACUUUUUUUUCUUUUUCUUUUUUUCCUUGAAGGAAAUGAAACACUUCCUGCUUAAUAAAUGUACUUUGUAGCUUUUGAACAAAUAGCACUUCAUUGUUUUUACAACCAUUAAAAUUAAACUAUUGCCUGAUAUUUGUUUCUGUUAAAUCUUGAGAGAUAUUUGCAUAAUAAAAUGACUGUGUAACCAACCUUCAUUAUAAAUGUCAUUAUUUUGUACUUAAUAAAAUUAUUUCAUUUACCUUUCAAUAUAUAUACAAGACUGUAUUAAAACUUUCUUUUUAAAUUAUAUGAACACUUUCAGUGCAGAUAAAAGUCCAUUAAUCUGCAUGUGAAUGCCUGCUGUGGUGUAUUUCAGGUGCAGGAGUUUCUAUUUGUUCGCCGUAAACCUGCACUUGGAUGAACAACUAUUCUGCCGACGCAGACGGUUUUAUUUAAUUUUUUUUUUUUGCUUCAAAUGUGUCGCACAGCUUUACAUGCAGAUUCAUCUCAAACCACACACACGAGUUUUGAUGACCCCAUUUUGAGUGCACUUCUGCCGAUUUCUUGAGAAGUUGUACCACACAGCUGCGUCAGCUGCUUAUCUCCUCAUGGCUUCCUGCCGAGGUGUUUUUUCUUUUUUUCUACACGAGCCGAUGAAAGAGGAGGAGGAGGGGAGAAGCGGCGAGACUGGAUUUCUGCUGCAUUCCUUCUACAUAGCUCGUCAUUGAAGGGGGAAAAAAAAACACGACACUCCCUCAGGUGAAAAAAAAUAAAUCAAAUAAAAAUCCAGGCCUCUGCUUGUCUGAUCGGUGGUAGUGAGGAGAGGCGACACUUAGGCUCCCAGAGAGACAAACAUACAGCGAGGUUAGCUUUUCAGCAUCUUAAUUUAAUUUAAGGUUCAAAACAAAAACAAAAAAACCAAUGUAGACAGUAAGGUGUAAAGCAAUGGUUUAAAAAGAUUUUAAAACAUGAGAUUUUGAAAAAAAAGAUAAAAACAGCAGGUGUUUGAAGUGACGUACCAGCUGCUGAUGGGGCCGAUAUGAGAUCCUAGAGUCACUUUGAGUGGAAAUGCCACAAAGAGAAUCAAUCUAAACACGAUUUAACUGCUUUGAUACGAAACAGAAAUGAUCUCUGCUGC